GUAAGCGCAGUAUAUAUAUGAGUAAGUGGUAGUGGCGGUAACACAGCAGCAUUGGCUUUGUCAGUGGUCUCAUCCAUUAACCAACCGCACAAUCACUUCACUACAAAACAAACCCAAUUCUAUUCUACUACAAUUAAGUAAGAAUUUCUCUAGGCCAGUUAUGGUAUCUUGUAAUCUUUAGAUACCCUUUCUUCUUCUUUUGUCUUUCGUUCUUGUUAACCCAUUUUCUUGAUAUUUAACAAGAAAAGUUUCUUCUUUUUUUUUUCCUACCCACAUAAUUGGGUAGAGAACAAUUCCCAUGGCUACUUCUUCAGCUUAUCUUUCUUGUCCUGCAACUUCUGCUACUGGAAAGAAACAUGUUUUCCCAAAUGGGUCACCUGGAUUCUUGGUUUUUGGUGGUACCCGUUUGUCCAAUCGGUUAGUGACCCGAAAGUCGGUUAUUCGGGCUGAUUUGGACUCUAUGGUUUCUGAUAUGAGUACCAAUGCUCCAAAAGGGCUAUUUCCACCUGAGCCUGAACAUUAUCGGGGGCCAAAGCUGAAAGUAGCUAUUAUUGGAGCUGGGCUUGCAGGCAUGUCGACUGCUGUGGAGCUCUUGGAUCAAGGACAUGAGGUGGAUAUAUACGAAUCAAGGACUUUUAUUGGUGGGAAAGUGGGUUCUUUUGUUGAUAGACGUGGGAACCACAUUGAAAUGGGACUGCACGUGUUCUUUGGUUGUUAUAAUAAUCUGUUCCGUCUGUUGAAAAAGGUGGGUGCUGAAAAAAAUCUGCUAGUGAAGGAGCAUACUCACACAUUUGUAAAUAAAGGGGGUGAAAUAGGGGAACUUGAUUUCCGCUUUCCAGUUGGAGCACCCUUACAUGGAAUUAAUGCAUUUCUGUCUACUAAUCAGUUAAAGAUUUAUGAUAAAGCUAGAAAUGCUGUAGCUCUUGCCCUUAGUCCAGUGGUGCGGGCUUUAGUUGAUCCGGAUGGUGCAUUACAGCAGAUACGCGAUCUAGAUAAUGUAAGCUUUUCUGAGUGGUUUCUGUCUAAAGGUGGGACGCGUGCUAGCAUCCAAAGGAUGUGGGAUCCUGUUGCAUAUGCUCUUGGAUUCAUUGACUGUGAUAACAUGAGUGCUCGGUGUAUGCUCACUAUAUUUGCAUUAUUUGCCACAAAAACAGAGGCUUCCCUAUUACGCAUGCUUAAAGGUUCUCCUGACGUUUAUUUGAGUGGUCCAAUUAAGAAGUACAUCAUGGACAAAGGGGGCAGGUUCCAUCUGAGGUGGGGAUGCAGAGAGGUACUCUAUGAGACAUCCUCUGAUGGAAGCAUGUAUGUUAGUGGGCUUGCCAUGUCAAAGGCCACUCAGAAGAAAAUUGUAAAAGCUGAUGCCUAUGUGGCUGCAUGUGAUGUCCCUGGAAUUAAAAGAUUGGUUCCUCAGAAGUGGAGGGAAUUGGAAUUCUUUGACAACAUUUACAAAUUGGUCGGAGUGCCUGUUGUUACUGUACAACUACGAUACAAUGGCUGGGUUACAGAGUUGCAGGACUUGGAGCGUUCGAGGCAAUUGAAGCGCGCUGCAGGUUUGGACAAUCUUCUCUAUACACCAGAUGCAGAUUUCUCUUGCUUUGCAGAUCUUGCAUUGGCAUCUCCAGAUGAUUACUACAUUGAGGGACAAGGCUCAUUGCUUCAAUGUGUCCUUACACCUGGUGACCCUUACAUGCCUCUAUCAAAUGAUGAAAUCAUUAAAAGAGUUACAAAGCAGGGUUUGAAUACGUGACAUGCGCCUAAACCACACAUCACAAGUUGUGCCCUUUCCACUAGUCCAAAGCCCUAGGGGCGAGAUAGAUAUAAUUGACUCAAUACCGUUUCAUCUUUGAAUUUCCUAUACCGAUAAAAGAAUGGAAGUACUCUCUGAAAAAGAUAAAAAGGUAAUAUGUGACCUUGCUGUUUGAAAAUCCAAGUAAAUGCAACUUAGAAGCACAUGUUAUAGAGUCUUAAUAGUUCUUUGUUGACAUAAUUCGUUCAGAUGAACUAAUCAACAGAGACACGGUCACAGACCAAAACUAAAAAUGGAAGCACUCAGUGGAUCUGAGUUAAGCUAUGCAGAAGCAAAUGACCAGGUAGGAUAUGUUAUUGCAGAAGCAAAUUCAUCCGAGGAACUUAAACUUCAAAACAAACUUAAUAAUGGGAAGCAAAUGUCAAUUAUUUUCUAGUAGUAUUUGGGUUUUAAAUUUGUGCCACUAUUGUGCUCGAGGGAUUUCAAAAUACAUGACACUGCCAAUAAAUUGUAGCUCGAUGGAACCUAUGAGAGUCUAUUACAAAAUGCAUGGAUUCGACUCCGAGUACCCCUCCCCACCUGCUACUCCCCACAAAAAAAAAAAACAUGAAGCUUUGCAUCUUCAAGGAAUU